CUCUAAAAUUAGAUUUUUUAGAGGGAUAUGAUGAGGAUUCGAACAUUGGGCAGCCAAUGUUCGAAUCCUCAAUAUGUCAAUUAGCUGCGACUGAGUCGGAGGCUGAGAGGUCAGAAGCACCCAGAGAGACGUACAACUCAGAGGAUUGUACAGGGGACAGUCUAAAUGAAACCACAUUGCCUAUAAAUGUUCAGGUGAGAUCAAAAGUGGUAGCAGUGGGUCACACAGAGAGGAUCAGCCAACCAGCAUCCUCUCUGCAUUCACAACAGGCGGUUUGCAGACCCCAGAUUUUGGACAGAACCAUUGAAUGGGAGCGUCAAAAAGAAAAUUACAUGUUCUUCGUCAAAAGCCACAUGAAUGAGAAUCCAAGUCGAGUUUCAGGUGCAGUGAAUGAACUUCAGGAAUUGAUGACUCAUGUGGCUGGUCAAUCUAGAGACUCUCAGUGGCAGCACCCGUCAGACCUCACCUGCAGGAAUUAUCAAAAGCGGUUUGGGAACAGAAGACGCACUAUGACCCUCAGCGAGUGGCAGGACCUGAAUAAACCCCACUACAAACGAUUUCUCAACGUCCCCAGAAUCUUCCACAGAAGUCACUUCUGAUUGUGCAUGUGUUGAUAAAUAAUCAGGCUGCAUUUGCCCGACCCCUGUUAAAUCUUUUUUGUGACGUGUUUUAUUUAUAUAUACAUAUAUAUAUAGAGA